CGUGCACAUGCCGCUUGUACCCGCUUUUAUGGUCCUCGUGCUUAGCAGGCAUUGGAUCGGUGUGGCUUCCAAGUACAUCGAGGGCCAUCUAGUCACUGCAGAGAAGUGGGCAUUUCUGGCCAGAUUUUGUUUUCUAUCGGAUAAUGGCCAAUUCGAGUACCAGAUUGAAUACCAUAAGGAAUAUGCCGUGCAAAAUUUACUCCUGUACUAUGACACAGCAGACCAAUGGCCAGCGGUAUACAAGUCAGACAAGACAUGUGAGCAGCGCGAGGCAGUGCUGAACCUGGGGCAAAAUCAAGUUGUGAAUCUAACGGAGUCGUUUUUCGGGUCCGGGUGCAGUAAUUACUACCCCAGAAAUGACUCGAUCUCGUGUCACAACGCUAGAAGGUUCAGGAGCGCCAGACCCCGGUGGUGGUUCAUAGCGAUCAGCAACUGUAACUCAACAAAGGGUCUCAAUGUUCGGUAUAAGUUCCUAAUGACAAAUGGACCUCCCGAUGAUCUCUUCCAUGAGCAUUUUUCUGCUGACGAAUUUUAUAUUUUCCCUACUGUGAUAGCAUAUGCAAUUGUUUAUGCAUUUGUCGUAGUCGCUGUGUUCGUAUGUUCAAAUGAAUUAAAGUCUAGGCAAUUACUGCAUUCGACGUACAAAUUGUUUAAUUAUUCUGUUAUAACUCAAGAGAUAGGAAUUUUAUUUCAGGGCUAUGCGUUGCUCAAUUUUGCCCUCAAUGGGACUGGAUUACCUCGUGUUAAGAAUUUAGGGAGGUUAUUUGAAUCUGCUAGCGAAACAAUAUACUUAUUGCUUUUAUUGCUUCUCGCCAAAGGAUAUACUGUGACUCGGGGAAAACUUCGAACUAUUUCAAGCGUUAAAAUCACCGUUUUUAUGUGCCUUUACGUGUUUACUUACACGUUAUUAUUUAUUUAUGAAAAACAAUUAUUUGACCCGGGAGAAGUUUUGUACCUUUACGAGAGUCCAGCCGGUUAUGGAUUGAUUGCAUUAAGACUCAUUGCUUGGUGGAUCUUUUUGUAUUCCACGAUUUUUACGCUGAGGCAUUAUCCGGAAAAAUCAGAAUUUUAUUACACUUUUAAGGUGAUUGGAUCAUUAUGGUUUGUCUCAGGGCCCGCAUUUGUAUUGAUUUCGAAUAGCCUCAUCGACAAGUGGGUUAGAGAAAGUGUAUUCUUUGCCGUCAGCCAUGUCAUAACCCUGGCCGGCCAUAUUCUAUUCCUGGUGGUGACGCUCCCGUACAACGCGAACAAGAACUUCCCGUACCACGUGCGGACGACGCAGAUCGCGGCGAUGGAGCUGUGCGGCUCGGCCGGGAACAGCACGCUCAGCAACUUCGGGCACCACCUCUACGCCCCCGGGGGGCCGCGCCCCUCCCGCGACGGCGCCCCCGCGCCCCCCGCCGACCGCUGGGUCUCCGAGGUCCCCGUCGAGCUCUUUUCCAUCAGCCGCAUCAUCGACAGCGCGAAGAAAAACCAAAACCGGGCUCGGAGACCGAACCGGCGGAAACCGGUCUCUCGACCGGGGACGCAGCCGACGAGCUCCGGUUCGCGGGAAAUCGCCGGAAACGGAAACGCGCCUACGGUCGAGUCCUCGCCUCAGCAACCGGAACCGGAAAUCCAAGUCCCCGACGUCUUUGUCCCUGCGUCGCGGCGCCAGCGCACCGCCGGCAACGAGGGAACCGGCGAGAGUCCUCCCAAAACUGAGGAGAUCCCUGUGUCACCGGAGAAGGCCACUGGGGACCAAACACAAGAGGAAGGCACCCAAAACGAAAUACGGGAUCAACAGGUUCAAAAAUUUUGACGUGGCAUAGAUGAGGGUGCCAUGAUUCAAGACGAAAAGUCAUUGAAUUUACUGCCCAGAGGAUUUUUCCUUGGACUAAUAAUACAAUGGACCCAAUUUACAACCGUUAGUUUUCGAAAUAAAACAGAUCGUUUAAGGAGUCUAA